AUGCACGUUCGGCGCGGGGAAGGGCGCGUGACGUGGCGGGGCGGGGCGGGGGUUAGGAGAGGAGCGCGGCAUGGAAGCGGCGCGGGGCGGCCGCGCGCCCACCUGGCCGCGCUGGUGCUGGCGCGCGGCGGCAGCAAGGGGAUCCCGCUGAAGAACAUCAAGCUGCUGGCGGGCGUGCCGCUCAUCGGCUGGGUGCUGCGCGCCGCCACCGACGCCGGCGUCUUCCACAGUGUGUGGGUUUCUACAGACCAUGAUGAAAUUGAGAAGGUUGCAAAGCAGUUUGGCGCUCAAGUUCAUCGCAGAAGCCCCGAAGUUUCUCAGGACUCCUCAACUUCUCUAGAAGCUAUCAGAGAGUUUCUUAGUCAUCAUCAUGAGGUUGAUAUUGUAGGAAAUAUUCAAGCAACAUCUCCCUGUUUGCAUCCCAGUGAUCUUAUAAAAGUGGCAGAUCUGAUCCAGAAGGAGGGAUUUGAUUCUGUCUUCUCUGUUGUGAGGCGGCAUCAAUUUAGAUGGAGUGAGGUAAAAAAAGGAGAAAACAAAAUGACAGAGCCCCAAAACCUGAAUCCAGCAAAACGGUACCGGAGACAAGAUUGGCCUGGGGAGCUGUAUGAAAAUGGGUCAUUUUAUUUUGCCAAGAGACAUUUGAUUGAGAAAGGCUACUUGCAGGGUGGUAAAAUGGCCUACUAUGAAAUGCGUGCAGAGCACAGUGUGGAUAUUGAUAUAGACAUUGAUUGGCCUAUUGCAGAGCAGAGAGUAUUGAGCUUUGGAUAUUUUGGCAAAGAGCCAUUAAAAGAGGUGAAGCUAUUGGUUUGCAGUAUUGAUGGAUGCCUGACAAAUGGUCGCAUUUAUGUGACAGAAGAUCAGAAGGAAAUGGUCUCCUACGAUUAUAGAGAUAUUGUCGGUAUCGAUCUAUUAAAGAAAAGAGGAAUCCAGGUUCGACUCAUCUCUGAAAGAGAUUGUUCAAAAACACUGUCAGCCAUGCAGCUGGGAUGCGUAGCAAAAGUUAGUGCAACAAAUAAAUUACAAGUCCUGGAGGACUGGCAAAAAGACAUGGGUUUGAGCUGGAAAGAAGUUGCUUACUUAGGAAAUGAAGAGACUGAUGUGGAAUGCCUGAAGAAAGCUGGCAUGAGUGGUGUGCCUGCUGAUGCCUGUACAGUUGCUCAGAAGGCUGCUGGUUAUAUUUGUAAAAGCAAUGGUGGCUGUGGAGCUGUCCGGGAGUUUGCAGAACACAUAUUCCUGUUGUUAGAAAAAGUGAACUCGGCAAGAAAGCAAAUGGAAGAAAUGAGUUCAGCAGGAAAGGAAACGGGAGGAAAUGAGAACAGCAGGAGAGGAAAUAAGGGACUAAUGAAAAAAGAGUAACACAGUUGGUCAAUCCUGCUUUUCUUCUCCUCUUCCUCUCUCAGUAAGUCUGUAUCCCAAAGGAUGGCUUAUCUUUCAAGUUUUACAUUGCAGUAGAGUUAAAAAGAUGUUUCCCUUUAAUUUAAGGUCCCACUUUGAUUAAGUGCUGAUAUUCAUGAUCGUACGCUGAUAAUCAUGAUCAUAUUCAUGAUUAUUUUAAAAGCCAUUUAAGUGCAAUGGAAGGAAUGCUACAAAAGGUAGUGUCCCGUAAAUCUACUCUUAAUCAUUACACCUGUCCUGCAGGAAUGAUGUGUCUUUAUUUCAUAAUCCGAAUAUUUUCAGGGAUCAAUGAUUUUGCAUGACUUGAGGAUUUGUAAUUCAGACUUUAAAAAAAAAAAAAGUUCUGUCAGUUUUGCUCAUUUGGUUUACAUUUCCUCUAUCAAAUGUCAACAUGAUGUUGUAGUUGUGUGCUUGCUUUUUUACAGGAUUCGUCUCUAGUAAGGAAGAGUUUUAGCAUAUGCUGGAGAGGUCAGGUGUAAAAUAACUGUAAAACUUCUUCCUAUGUUUUUAAAAGACAGCUCAGUUACUGUAAAACCAGUUAACAUCAGUAUUAGUUAAGAAAAGCACUUAAGCAUGUGUUCAAUUUUAAGCUCAUAAAUAAUUAAAUGGCAUUUGGAAUUGUGCCUAUCUUUGAAUCUGUUUAUAUUGGGUUUUAUUGAAAUGCUUAAAUUAACAUACCCAAAUGCUUUGACAAAUUUGGAGUUAAAUUUCCCAUUAACUUUGAGAUCUUUCCUUUGCAGAAACUCGGUUUCUUUCUAUGAAGGCUUUAUUACAACCACUAAUGAGUAACAACAACAAGACAAAAAUCUUUAAUGUUUGUUGUGUGGAAAAGUAACUGCUGUUUAAAAAAAAAACAAACCAAAACGUAGUUGUUAAUUGUGGGUUUAUAUAAAAUAUAUAUUCAGACUAUUUUUAGCAUGUUAAUUUAAAGCCACUGUAUAUGUAUGUAUUUAUGGAAAAUAAAAUUUUUACUGUGUCUUGAUUUAAAGAA